UUUUCAGAGACAAAGGGAGGGGAGAGACGGUUGCAGGAACAGAGAAGCUGCGUGAGGACUGAGACGAGCAGAGGGGCCUGAGGACAGAGCUGCGUUGCACUCCAGUAAUAUUGACCUCAUACACAGCACAGCUGCCGGGCAGAGGCCUACCGAGUUUCUUUUUUUGUGCUGCACGCAUUUGCCAGAAUGAACCCACGUUUCUUCUACCUCCUCUUGUCCCUUCUGCUGAAUGGCUUUGAAUUCCAUGAAUUUGGGAAAGCUCAUGAAACUAAGUCUCUGGCCUGCGUAUUGGUGGAAGAGAUUGGUGGAGGAAGUAGUUCUAUCCCUCGCACUAUCCGUCAGACUCCUGUUGAAUUACAUCUGAAUGAUCCAUUGAACCUAAUUCCUGUAGCUCCUAUAACUUCCAGUCCUGAAACUUUGCACUUACAUGUGACUGACCCUUCUGGAAAGCUACUGUCUCCAAAGCUCUCAUCAUGUGAAGUGACAUAUCUGUUGCCCCAGGAGGUUCCACUGGCUUGGGUGCGAUCACUUACAGAGGAGAAGCGUAGCCCCCGGGCUCUUGGGCACCCUUGGUAUAGCUUAUCUGUGAAGGAUGAUACAAGUGGAAACACUGUGAGUGCAGUGCUUGGUCCGCAGGGGGAAAAGGAUGACCAGCUUACAGUUUUUCUUGCUGUAUAUUCCCCUUCUGCAACCCUGUAUGCCCGUCUUGGUGACCCACUGUCUGUGCCUUGUGGUAUCUGGCGAGGGCAACAAUCUCGUUUUGCAAUUGAGUGGCGGCACCGUGCUCUUGGAGAUGGAAGGGUGUUAUAUGCUUAUGAUGGCAGAGUGGACCGAAUUGAAGAAAUAUUCCCAGGCUACGAGAUGAACUUCUCCACUUUGCAUUCUCAUGGGAAUGCAUCACUCUUAGUGGAUAAAGUAGCUGUCUCAGACCAUGGCACCUUCCUCUGCACAAUAUACUUGCCCUAUAUAAGAGCACAAAGGGAUAUGCAGCUGGAAGUCACAGCCCUGCCUACAGUCACUUUCCUGCCCGACCCUCUGUUUGCUCGACCUGGUCAAGAAAUUACUCUCUCCUGUGAGGUUUCUCAUUUUCACCCACUGGCAAUCUCAGUGCAUAUCUUAGUUCGUCUUCCAGAAGAUUCCCAACUCUCUGUCCUUCCUGGAGUAUCCCUUUCCACUCACACAAUCAACAAGGAUGGCACCUUCAGCCUCACAGCAAGCCUGAGCAUCAUUGCCAGCCCUGAACAUCAUGGAGCGCGUUAUUUCUGCAGAGUGCGCCACGUCAGUGCCCCAGAAGGAGUAACACGUUCGAACACCCUCCAAGUUGCAGGUGUGGCAGGAUUAUCUCUUGAAGAUGGGAUGUACCUGUUUAUGGUGGCGUUAGCUCUUUAUGGAUCCCUUACCUUUCUGCACAGGAAAUUUAAGCUAUUUUUUGGAACCCAAGAGAGUAAAAAGGAUGAAUAAAUCAAGCAACAGAAGAUAAGAAGAGUGUGUGUGUGACCCUUAGGGUAAAGACACACAGAACUACUAAUAGCAGCUACUUUUUGUGGCUAAAAAAUACCCUGCCAUAGACAAUACUGAGAAAUGCC